CCAAUAAUCACACAAACCCCGGCCUCAUCCUCUUCGUCUUUAUCGAACUUCUUUACAUCCUCGAUCGUCAUCACUUCACCUCCCUUCUUCAUGGCAGCCACCGUCGUCGCCGCGGCCGCCACGAUGAUGAUUGGUGCUAAAUCCACCGUCGCCCCUCCCAAGCUCACAAUCGCCACAUCCACUAAACCUUCACCCACCUUCCUCUCCAUCCAAAACCUCCCGAAAAGCUUCGCCUUUGCCUCUCUUCCACCAACUGCUCUCCCUUCUCUGUCUUCCUCUGCCAUCGCCGCUGCGAUUUUCUCCUCCCUUAGUUCAGCCGACGCCGCCUUUGCGGUGCAGCAGAUCGCCGACAUUGCCGAUGGCGACAGCCGUGGCAUUGCUCUCCUGAUCCCCAUAGUGCCGGCCAUCGCUUGGGUUCUUUACAAUAUCCUCCAGCCGGCGCUGAAUCAGAUCAACAAGAUGAGGAGUGUGAAAGGGAUUGCCAUCGGACUCGGGCUCGGGCUGGGUCUGGCGUCAGCGCCCAGCACAUCAGCUGGAGAAGUGGCAGCAAUAGCAGAGGCAGCUUCUGGGGAUAAUCGGGGCCUGCUGCUACUAGUUCCAGUGGCUGUGGCAAUUGCUUGGGUGCUAUUCAAUAUUCUCCAGCCAGCUUUGAAUCAAAUCAAUAAGAUGAGGUCUGGAUAGUUGGUUUGCUGUGUUCAUGGCAAAGAUAAGGUUUGAACAAAGUAGAUUCUGAGCCUUGCAAUUAGUGGUUGAAUUCUUGGAGGACUAUAGAUGACUUCCUUUGUAGUCAUGGUUAAUUAUAUUUUGUUGGGGUGUACUUUAGUAUGCCAUGAUGAUUAUAAAUAAUUCUUUUGUUGCAAGAAAUUCAAUUGUUUGUUACGGUUGUGUUUAAUUACCUCUACUUACACUAUUUUUAAUGGAUUAUUAGUGGCUCGGUUUUAGUUUUUGUAUAAU